AUGUACCGGCAAAAUCGCUGCUACAGCUGUAUGUCACCGAUGUACGAGGAAUUCUUUAAAAAUGGCUUGGACAGGUAUUUCACCCCGCCCAAGAAUUUUUCCUAUCAGUGCGAUGAGCCGAUGAAUCCCGAGUCGAUGCAUUUGGUGUCAUGUCGGACGAUAUGCCUAACUGUACAGCAGGACCUCUAUGUGAUGGGUCAACCAACCGGUAAACGGCUGUUCAUGCGUGGAUGUGCUCUUACGAUGGCUAGGAGAGGCUUGAACAACCAUACACUUAGCAUGUUCGAUCGUUAUGACAUUUGCAGGUAA